GCGCCUUUUUUAAAUCCCCAAAACAAAACAAAAGGACGAAAAACAACAAAACGGCUCUUGGUUUUGAUUGAAGAGGCUGUUAAAGUUUAAUAAGCAAACAUGGAGUAUCACAGACGAUCUGCAGAGUAUUUUAGGGUCUUUAACGAAAUGAGGUUAGAAGGAGAGCACACUGAUUUUAAAAUUAGAGUUAAUCACACGGAACUGAAAGUGCACAAAAUCGUCAUUUAUCAAGUCAUCCCAUUUUUUAGGAUGCUUCUCUCUGACAAAUGGGAUAGUGAUAUAUAUGAUGUCAAGGAUGUGUCUCCCGACAUCAUGUCUCACAUCGUUGAAUGCGCUUACACAGGAUCCGUUUGCAUUACCAAAGAAAACGUGGCAGAGCUUCUGGUUGCGGCUGAUCGUUUUUUAAUGUCAUAUUUGGUAAACGGCUGUUGUCAUUUCUUGGAGUCACAAUUAGCCCCUGAAAGCUCCAUUGACAUCUUUACGUUGACGCAGAAUUUCCAGUCCUGUUCAAAGCUCCAUACUAAAGCUAAGUUUUACAUCUUAAAGCACUUUGAAGAUGUUCUGCGUUUAUCUAAAAAGUUCUUGGAACUAUCGCCUGCACAUCUUGUGGAGUUUUUAGGUCGUGAUGAGCUGAGCGUUAAACACGAGGAAAUGGUUUUUGAAGCCAUCCUCUGCUGGAUUUAUCAUGCACCGGAAGAGAGGAAAAUGUACAUGGCCACACUUCUGCCAAAGGUUCGAUUGGGAUUGAUGGCAGCAGACUACUUCACUGAGAAGAUAAAGCUCAAUCCACUGGUGAUGGAAAACGAGUCCUGCACAUCUUUUGUCUCCAAUGCAACAGAGGCAUUGUUUGACUGCAGCAUUCGUGAACCUUCCACCCUAAUCCUCAGGAAACAACUGACACGCCCACGUUUCCCCCCAGCAAUCCUAUUGGCCAUAGGAGGCUGGAGUGGCAGCAGUCCAACCAGUGAGAUGGGGUGUUUUGAUAUACAAGUAAACCGCUGGGAGGAUGUUAAUCAAGUGAAUGGGAGACCCAUAGCCUAUCAUGGUUCGGUGGUCCUAGACGGCUCCAUCUAUUGCAUCGGUGGCUUUGACAGUAUCAGUUAUUUUAACACUGUUUGGAAAUUUAAUCCCCUCACUCAAAUUUGGCAUGAGGUGGCCAACAUGUUUGAGCAAAGAUGCUACGUUAGUGUUGCUGUUCUGGACGGCCUUAUUUACGCAAUUGGUGGACAUAAUGGACAGACACGGCUAAACACUGCAGAGCGCUUUGACCCACCUAGAAACCAGUGGACACGCAUAGCAUCCAUGGCUGAACUCAGGAGUGACGCUAGCGCCACCACACUGCACGGCAAGGUGUAUAUCUGUGGUGGUUUCUCUGGACAGCUAUGUCUCUUGACAGCGGAGAGCUACAGUCCACAGACAAAUCAAUGGAGUCUCAUUGCGCCCAUGAUGAACGCCCGCAGUGGUCUCGGUAUCAUUGCCUAUGGAGAUCUAGUAUAUGCUGUGGGUGGAUUUGAUGGCAACAACCGUUUGCGGACUGUAGAGGCUUAUAACCCUCGAACCAACCACUGGCGUGAUGUGGACCCUAUGAUCCAUCAGCGCAGUAACUUUGGCAUUGAGGUGCUGGAUGAUCAGAUGUUUGUUGUCGGGGGCUUUGAUGGAUCAAGCACCUGCAGGAACGUGGAGUGUUACGACAAGGAGACAAGUAGAUGGAAUGAGAUGAGGAACAUGCUCACAAGGCGCAGUGCUCUGAGCCUUUGUGUAUUAUCUGGAUUACCUGAAGUCACACAGUACGCAGCCGAUCGGGACUAAAGAAAAAAUAUUUGGUAGUGAAUGAUCGCAGAGGGGUCAUCGGACAGAGCCUGGAUAUGUAAAUACAUGAUAAAUAAAUAUAAUGUUAAAUGCAUUUAAAAAUGAAGAUAGUUUUUAAAUGUUUAAUAUACAGAUAGGGAUGCUGUGAUGGGAGGAUCAGCAAAUUGUUGUAGGUUUAGACUCUGCUGUUGAAGUGCAUUAACUGUGAAACAUUUCAAACACAUGCUCAACCAGUCAAAGCAAUGUACAAGAUGAAAUGUACAUAAAUACGAGCAAGAAAUAGAGUAAAUUUACCUAUUAAAGGGACAGUUCACCUUCAAAAUGAAAAUUCUCUCAUUAUUUACACGUCUCUUGUUAUUUCAAACCUGUAUGACUUUCUUCUGCAGAACACAAUAGAAAAUAUUUUGAAAAUUGUUGGUAAUAGAAAACAGUCGGUCCCCAUUGACUUGCAUUGGUUUUGUGUCCAUACAAUAGAAGUCAAUGGGAAUCAACGGUUUUUGGUUGGUAUUAUUUUUCCAAAUUUUUCUUUUUUUUUGCAGAAGAAAGAAAAUCACACAGGUUUAGUUGGUGAGUAAAUGAUGACAGAAUUUUUCAUUUUGAAGGUAAACUAUUCCUUAACCUCACCUUUAAACACACUACCAUCUUUAAGCUCACAUUAUAAAAAGUUUGAAAAUCUUGUCUUAUCCAAUUGAUGUAUUUGUAACUACAUACCUUCUGUCAUUUAAAAUCAGUCAGACCAUUACACAUUUAGAUAUGGGUACAUGUGUUCACACUGUCUGGAGCCUAUUCUGAAAGGUGUCUGAAAACGAAAAGAGUAGCUCAUUAAAGGGAUAGUUCACCCAAAAGGUAAAAUAAAGUUAUGAAUUACUCACUCUCUACAUGCUCCAAGCUUGUAUAAAUGAAUUUGUUUGGUUAAAUACAGAGAAAGAUACUUGGACGAAUGCUUGAAACCAAACCGUUCAUGGACCCCAAAGUGGUAAAAAUGUCAAUGGUGUCAAAAGUGCUCCAAAACUGUUUGCUGUUGUACAUUCUUCAAAAUAUCACAAUAUAUAAGUAUAUUUAAGUAUAUUUGUCCUACUAUGGUAGUCAGUGGGACUGUUUGGUUACAAGCAUUCUUCCAAAAUAUCUCGUAUUCAUAAGAAGAAGAAAAAAUCAGAUUUGGAACAACUUGAAGGUGAGUAAAUGAUGACAGAAUUUGUAUAUUUUGUGUAAACUAUCCCUUUAAUUGUGCAAUUUGUACAUGUUUUGACUUCUGUUUAGGGUAAGUAUCACUGCGUAUUGCAAAAUUAAAAGAUUCAUGUUUAAACUUUUGCAUUCUAUAUCCUGGAACGUGGAUGUGAGAAAUAAUUACAAAUAAAUCUAAAGAUUGUUUUAGAUGGUAGAGAACAUUGUUGGCUCACUAGCAGGAUUGCGUGCUACACCUACAGUAUAUAUUACUUCAGACGUGUUACUGCUCGUAUUUAAAAAUACAUAAUAUGAUACAUUUAAAUUUGUUGAUGUCUGUGGUUUAAUACUGCUGUCAUUUUUGAGUAUGUUGAGAAAGGUUCAUAAUCUCCAUGGAGCAUGAGUUGAUUCAGAGGUGGAGAAAUGUCUGAAAUCAAAGAUUCAUACAAAAUAAAUCUGUCACAAUUUCUGAGCUAGAAAGGAUGUAGAUCCUAAAAUUCCAUAAGAGAAAAAGGAAACCAAUAUUAACAUACAUACCGUAGGAGGUUCUUGUAAACUCG